CUUCCCCGAGUUGCAACCUACCUUUAUAUCCACCAACAGAAAAGGUCAAGUCUUCAUUAUCUUCUUUAUCUCCAAGUCCAACCACUACAGCCAAAACCUCUCCAAUUCAUUCACAUUCUCUCAACACAAGCAAUGGACUUUCUUUCAGAUCUUCAAAAGAAAGCCAACAGUUCUUCUGGCACUCACCACCCUGAAAAGCAUGAGCAACACCAAAACCAAAACCAGCACCAACACCAACACCACAAGCCAUCAAACUCUGAGCUCAUGGCCAGUGCCAAGUAUUUAGCUGAGGCAGCCCAAUCCACUUUUAGCCAUGAAAGUGACAAGCUUGACAAGGCCAGGGUAGCUGCAGCAGCUGGUGAUGUUUUGGCGGCUGCCUCUAGCUAUGGAAAGUUGGAAGAAAAGAGCUUUGGCAAGUAUGUGGAACAGGCUGAGACUUAUCUCCACCAAUAUGGCCACUCCUCCUCCCAAUCUCAUUCCACCACCACCACAACCACUUCUAGCCACUCCUCCUCCCAUUCCACCACCACACACUCAAAACCACACUCUGCUGGUGGUGGUCAUGAAAGUGAAGGCCAUUCUGAAAGUGGGUAUGGGGAUUACUUCAAGAUGGCUCAAGGUUUCUUGAAGAAAUAAGCAUUUGAAUUCCAGUUUCACCAUCUGCUUAUGCUUUGUAAUUUCUUCAAUUUGGUGUAUCUUUAAUUUCAUAACCCCCUGUUUCUGUGUUUUGUUGUAUCUUGUGUUGAAUGGUCUAUAAUCUGUUUGUUCUGUAUUUGUGCUUUCUGGGUUUAAUUUAGCUUUUAGAUUGUAUAAAAUGGCUGAAGCAGGUUUAGAUCAACUCUGUCAAUAAAUUAUUAAUUAAGAAUAAAAUUUGUGCAA